CAACGGCAUUUCGUGAUCUUCCCUAUGCGAACGCCACUGAGCAGGCAGUGACAAAGUUUUGUCACGGUUUGCUUUACAAGGAGGCCGGCAAGCAUGUAAGCCUGCAGUUACCCACAUCGAUGGGAGAUGCGAUGAACAUGAUGAAGAUAUAUAGCCAUGUUCAGUCGGCUUGCGCCGCGGCUCCGAGGGAUAGCCAAGAGAGUGAGCGAGAAGUGUCGAGGUGUGUUCAUGAGGUGAGAAGAGCACCCUCUCCAGAUACGGUAAUUGGGUCAGCGGUCGACAAAUUGACCCAGGUGGUCGAUCGGCUGCUGGGUUCUGUGGGGCAAUUAUCGGACUCUCGUGGGAGCCAGGACGAUGAUUCUUGCGUCAGACAACCGGUUCAGGUGUUCCGUUCCGAUGAAGACGAGGGAUUGUAUGGCGAGUAUGCGGCCGAAGGUUCCAAUGAAGACGGCAGCCAGAACCGGGGGUUCAACAAUCAACGCCACGUUAGGUGUCACGAGGGUACGGGUGGCGGCGGUCCACGUGGGCAUCGGAACCAACAUGCCUAGGAAAGGAGAUCCGGCCCAAAUGCUUACCAAGGGAGCGCCGGUAACCCGCGAAACAACGGGUACCGUAGUGGGUUCCAAAAUUCAAAUAUCCGCCCCGAGGGAUCGAAGCGAGGCAGGUAUGGUUCAAAUUGGGGUGAGUAUCCCGGGAUGGCGAGGCGGGACAUAUCGUGCUUGUUUGGUGAUUUGGAACAUUUCCGGUGAGAUUUUCGUGUGGGCGCCGGGUCCGUUGCCAACAAUGAGUCGAUACCGAUGUUAGUUACCGAGGCGGCUGAGCAGCAGAGAAGACCGGAAGUAGGUCGCCUCAACCAGUUGGGUUCAGCUGCGCAGUUUUGUUUGAAGGUUCAGGUUGGUGACGUUAUGGUUGAUGCAGUGAUUGAUUCGGCAGCGGAGGUCAGCCUCAUAUCAGAUCGGGUCUAUAAGGCCAUGAAGCAGCCACCUCCCAAGCAGCGUGAUGUCAAGCUGUUGAUGACAGGAAGAGAUGCCUCCAUGCAGGGUUUUGUAGUAGGCCCAGUUAAGUUAAAGAUUGGUAACAACUGGUAUCAGCAGCAUUUGUAUGUAGCCCCGACAGAUGUCGAUAUGCUACUUGGUUUCGACAUUUUGAUGAAUCCGGGCAGGGCGAUCAUCAAUAUGGCAGAGGCCACUAUUAUUUUUGAUGGGCAGGUUUUGAGCCUCGAGGGGGGAAGCCUACAGCAUACCGACCACGUGCAUGACGCAGCUCCUUUUGCGUUGCCGACAGCUUCAGAAGUCGUCCGGGAUCCACAGAUGGUCACCGAUGAGAGCACUGAGCGGGACCAUGGGGGUUCUAGUUAUGUCGGUACGUUUCGCGUGCAGCGGAUGGCGGUCCAGUCUGGAGAUAGGGCCACCCCGACCGCCGGACAUGCAGAUCCGGCUGGCGUCACCGCGGAAGACAGCCGGGAGAAAGCGUCCAGUUGUGGUGUCACCGCGGCAGACCGUCGGAAAAGGGCUUCCGGUUAUGGCGUAACAUCGGAAGUCCGCUGGAACAGUGCGUGCGGUUACCGAGUCUCCACUAGUAACAUCAAGCUGCCGACCGUUCAAGAAGUUGUCCGUCACAUUGGGGUGUGCACCGACGAGAGCACUGAAGGAGGCAACGGUAAGACUGGCGGCGUCGGCGGCAGAGAAGACGAGUUCACCGAAGGCAUCGAUGAUGCGGUUCCGUUGCAGCUACCUACAGUUUGCGAAAAUGUCCGUCACAUUGGGGUGUGCACCGACAUAAGCACUGUAAGGGGCAACGGUGAGACUGGAGGCGUCGGUGACGGUGAAGCUACAGCGGAGGGAGAAAACAGUUGCAAGCCGUAUUCAGUCCAACAGGGAUCUUCCAGAUUUGUUUAUUUUAUUUUUAUUUUUUGUUAUGCUUGGCUUCGCCAUCGGUGUUGCGGAGUAUUCACGUUCCCAUUUCCUUUCAGUAUGGACACUAGCGAGAUCGUCCCGAUCGCAGCCCUAGAAGAAUCGUCUAGCUACGGGGACUCUGUCGGCAUAGUCCUUACAGAGUUGCCCAAGAGACCUGCCGGCAUAGUCCCGCAGGAGGUGUCCAGUGUGGGUAACGCAGCCCUAGAAGAGUCGUCUAGCUACGGGAACUCUGUCGGCAUAGUCCUUACAGAGUUGCCCAAGAGACCUGCCGGCAUAGUCCCGCAGGAGUUGUCCAGUUUUCGGAACACGUCAGAAGAAUCGUCUAGCUACGGGAACUCUGUCGGCAUAGUCCUUACAGAGUUGCCCAAGAGGCCUGCCGGCAUAGUCCCGCAGGAGUUGUCCAGUUUUCGGAACACGUCAGAAGAAUCGUCUAGCUACUGGAACUCUGUCGACAUAGUCCACACAGAGUUGCCCAAGAGACCUGCCGGCAUAGUCCCGCAGGAGUUGUCCUGUUUUCGGAACACGUCAGAAGAAUUGUCUAGCUACGAGAACUCUGUCGGCAUAGUCCUUACAGAGUUGCCCAAGAGACCUGCCGGCAUAGUCCCGCAGGAGUUGUCCAGUUUUCGGAACACGUCAGAAGAAUCGUCUAGCUACGGGAACUCUGUCGGCAUAGUCCUUACAGAGUUGCCCAAGAGACCUGCCGGCAUAGUCCCGCAGGAGUUGUCCAGUUUUCGGAACACGUCAGAAGAAUCGUCUAGCUACGGGAACUCUGUCGGCAUAGUCCUUACAGAGUUGUCCAAGAGACCUGCCGGCAUAGUCCCGCAGGAGUUGUCCAGUUUUCGGAACACGUCAGAAGAAUCGUCUAGCUACGGGAACUCUGUCGGCAUAGUCCUUACAGAGUUGCCCAAGAGACCUGCCGGCAUAGUCCCGCAGGAGUUGUCCAGUUUUCGGAGCACGUCAGAAGAAUCGUCUAGCUACGGGAACCCUGUCGGCAUAGUCCUUACAGGGUUGCCCAAGAGACCUGUCGGCAUAGACCCACGGGGAUCUUUCAGGCGUGGCUCUGAAGGGUGGCGACCCUCAAGUUCUCGCCGUUGGGAGCGGUCCUAGCGGUGGAAAUUAGGUUUUCCUGAGUGGGAGUGGAGAUGUUUGAGCUUGUUUUGCCACCGGAAAUAGAGAAAACAUACAGAUUAUUGUGAUUUUGUUAUAGACAUAUUAACAUUUAUAUAAAUUAUUUUUAUUAUUUCGUACUUGUACUGACGGUGUGUUUUCACGCGAGUGUAAUACGCCUGAUGUCGAAAUGGGUACACGUCGCCUCGCUGAAUACUGGGGGAUAGUUGGCGGCAGGGCGAGGCAUUUAGAGUACUCUUAUCAGAUCCAGCUGUAAGCUCUUGCAGCCACUUUUAUUUAUAUUUCUCUGAAUAACCACUCAUGGACAUGUCGUCAUUGUGUAUAAUGCCAUUAGAAGAUGUAAAUUGUUGCAUGUCAUGAACUGUGGGGAACUGUUGCAUGUCAGGAACCGUGGGAAACUGUUGUUCACAGCUGAAGGCUGUCCAUGGCAAAAGCUUUGUGGAGUUACUGGCUGGGCGAGCCCAUCAAUCUCUCAGCAUGAGACUGUGAACGGAAAUAUAAAGCAAUACUUAAAUGUUAGCAUUUUAUUUACAUUUUAUUUCAGACCAGGGAUCACUGACAUUUUAUGGAGGGUAUUACACUUUAAUUGGGGUAGGCAUGCAUAUUAAAAUAUUCUUGGUGGUCGUACGAAAACCGGCCAAUGGGUUUAAUUAGUUGUGGUCUAUCUAGGGUUGAGGCCCACAUUCUGCGCACGUUGUGGCGUGCCUGUAGUUUUGAAACAAUUAGGUUGUCCCGACUUUGGGGAGUCUGGGCACUGUCAUAGUUCCGCUAAGUCGCUGCGUCUAGGCGUACAUCGCAUGGCAAAGGCGCCCUCCUUGCUUACGAAAGGGGCAUUGGGGUCCGAGAGAUAGUCAAUAUACUUCCUUGGAGUGCAUGGGACGGCUUGAGCGCAGUGGCUUUAGAGUACGUUGCAUGGCGAAGGCGCCCUCCUUGCUUACGAAAGGGGCAUUGGGGUCCGAGAGAUAGUCAAUAUACUUCCUCGGGUGCGACGGGACGUCUGUGGCGGACUGACUAUGACAUUCGGUGGGACGAUUCCUUUGUGAGUAGGGGGUCGUCCCAAAAAGAGAAAAGUGAGGGGAGUGUAGUGCCAGUGCCACGCCCCCCUGCAGAGUGGUACCCGGCUUGCGUCGUUCAUGUGACGGGACCAUGCUGCAUGAUGUGGAGCCAAUGGGAUGGACGCAGAUGCCUGAUGGGAUGACCAUGCUCUCUUGCUACCCGGUCCGCGGACGUAUGCAGACGUGUUACCUGAGGUGAGUAUUUCCAGGAGCCUAGGUGUGUGCCGGUAUGUAUUAGCCUGUGGAUGUGAGCCUGUGUAUGUGUAUAAGCCUGUGACGUAAGUAUUAGCCUGUGACUUAGUGUCUUGCCCGGGAGGUUUAGCCUGUGCGUGGGGUAGGUAUUCCCAGGAGGAUCGGUGGGGUGCAGCCGACGACGAUAGCGGACGAGCGUUUCCCUCGAAGAGUGUACUGCCGAGGACGACCGUGCCAUCCUGACAAGGUUUACAGUUGAUGCUCAUUUAGCUGCGACUGGAAGGCUGCUGAGCAUCUCGUAUUGUCGACUGUGAUGUCUUAUUCAAAAUAUAUUGACUCGUAACGGCAAUCGAAAUGAAGAUUCGGAUCAUACUAUUAAUAAUUUUGGCGCUUUUUGACGUGGUGAUAUGUGUUGCACCAACUUAUUUGCCAAAGAAAACUUUGAAUCAGAGAUCUGAACUUAUUAUUGAAUAUUUCACACUUUUGCUUAUUCAAACACACAUUGAUCGAAUUGCUCGAAAUUGGAAUACUCAAACAAAUAGACCCCAAAAGAAUAACGAGCUCAAUUAUGGAAAACCUGACGUAAUAUUCCAUUUACAAGAAUUAUUUGAUAGCCAAGAUUUCGGCACAAAUGUUGAUAUACAAGACGUAAUUUGCUGUCAACGAAUGUACUCAAUUCCGAACAACAAAAAUAAAGACUUUAAAGAAUUGCCUCAACUACUGAGACCGGGUUUGCAAAUGCCACAUGACGCUGAUACUGCCUGCAUCCAACGGUCUGCCAUCCAGAGGAGAAACCGAUACUCAUGUGAGAACAUGCUAGGAAGAUAAACAGCGGCAGCCUUUUUCUAAGGAACUCAUACGGACUAUCGUCAUAUAAAAUGACAGUAAUUUGGUUCUUUUCGGUAAAAUUAAUAUAUAAUUCUUAUGUUGAUAUACACAACAUUUGUUAAUGUCAUCGUCUCAAAUUCAAUAAAAUGGCUGAAUGUUA